CAUUUCAGUCACGCCCAUUUUUGGCACGCCCAUCUUGGCAUGGUAUAUUACAUGCAGAAUGAAACUACUCCAGUACGCAAACCAUGACAGUGUUUGACCAGUGAAUUUGGCGUUCCAUAGUUCAUGGCGGACUGGCAUAGGUCCAUACAAGCAAAAGAUGAGAGUCGUAGCUCACUUGUAGCAUCGUCUCCCAGCACAAUCAGCUCAACACACAGCACAAUUGAUGGCCCAGAACCUUUUGCAGUUUCUCCUACCUAUUUUAAAGGUGUAAUUAUGGAAAGGGAGGUGUCAUUGGCCGUUUUUCUGCUAAUUGUAAAUGGUUUGCCACUCUGUCAAAAAUCUGAAGUCAUCAGGGGCUUCCUUUCAGGUUACUAUGUUGAUGAAGAAAUGCCAAAACAUGGUCUGUCUUUUUAUGAAUUUGCUUCUGCUGAGUACGUUAAGUCUGGUCAAUUUUAUAAGCCAGGGCUAAGAUCUGCAAGAACGUCAGCAGAAGAUUGUUACCUGCGCGCUAUGAAUGCUGGAAUGAAUCAAGUUCAAGCUGGCACAAAAACGUAUGAAGGAGAUGAAGGUGGUCUACCUGAACAUUUAAAGUUCAAAAAUGAUGAACUCAAUUCUUGUUUUCAUGAAACAUUUUUAGCACUUAAAAGCAAAAAUAAAAAAUCAAGUAGCACAUGGGGUAAUCAAGGUUUUGUAUUGUUUAAUUUAUGGGAUAUUGGUCACAGUCGUACAGUGUAUCACUUCCUUCCUGCUUUACAUGGUCAUCUUUGUCAUAGCUAUUCAUGGCUAUUUUUUGAUUUACACCGCGACUCUCAAAAUUUAUACAAGCGGUUUCAGUCGAAAGAGAAUCUCAUGAAUUAUCGACCACGUAUUCACUAUUUAAUUCGCUCUGCUAAAUUAAAUUUAGCAGCUGAGAAAAAAGCUUGCUCUAUGUUUGCUAUAAGUCACGUUGAUCCCAAAGUUGAUGAUAAAGUCUUACAGUCAGUUAAACGAGACUUUGAGAGUACUGCAGCACAAAUUGGUGUCAGUGAUAUAAUUGAUUUUGAUGUGAAGCCUUUACAGCCAGGCCAUAAUUGCAAGCAAGUCAUUCAGGAGAAGAUGGAUGCUCUAAUUUCUCAAGAACUCAGAAGCAAAUUUAAUGUGCCUUUUUCAUUUAUUUUUCUUCGCAGUAUAUACUACCAGAAUGAUAAAAUUGUACACGUUAAAAAAACAGCAAUCCAAGAGCUGGCUAAAGAGUUGAAUAUUGUCGGUGAUAAGUUUUUCGAGUUUUGUAAGUUUUUUUCUUCGUGUGGUAGCAUCAUUGAUGUUUCACUGAUUGAUCCGAAAUCAGAGUACAUCAUAAUGAAGCCAAGCAAAUUCCUUGAAGAAAUAGAUAAACUAUUUCAUACCGAUGAUCAAAUGUUAGCUGACAAAGGAAUUCUUACACUUGUUACUGCAGAGAGGUUAUUUAAUGGUCAAUCUCAUGCUGAUGCCUACACAAAAAUUCUUGUUUCUCUUAGUUUAGCCAUUGAAUUAGAGGAAGAUCAAAUCAAAAUGGUUUCACAUCGCGGCACUGGUAACAACAAAGUUUGGUAUCUUCCAGACAUUCGCUGUACUCCACCAUGUCUUGACACAACUGAAUUGAGAACAAAUGCUCUUCGAUUGCUACGAAGUUACAAUUCAUCGCUUGGUCAUUUGCAAACAUCUUUUGUCACACACUUUCUCAAGAUUAAUAAAAAGUCAAAAGUGUGUGUUGAGGAUGAAACUCCAACCAAUGUCACAAGAAUAGAAGCAUUUGAUAAAAAUGAGGAGUCCGUUAUUUUUGAGGUCAUAUAUUUUGGAUUUAAUCUAGAGUUUCGUAUUCCAGUAGCGAAUAAGGAAGUUUUCUCUCAAAUAAUCGGAACCUGUCACAAAAUAAUGGAACUAGAUGUCAAAACGAACUAUAAUUUUGCUGUAUUAUGCUCCAAAGACCCCAGUAGUACUGAUCCAAAGUAUGAGCUAACGAGAGAUCGCCACCUUCUGCCUUUCGACAUUAGAUCGUGUGAUGAGUGCAAAAAGAAUAAGCAUGAUGAAGAUUCAUUAUUUUUAAUGUGGGAUGAAGUUGUAACAAAUGAUCCUGUGAAAGAAGGAAGAAAACUUAAUGGAGAUACGAUUCUCUUGGAUGAUGCUACUAACAUUGCUACAAACCUUCAAGGACUGAACCACAGCACCAUUAAUGUGCUUGCUCGAAAGUUGGACAUUAGCCUGGAUGAAAAUACAGCUCGUCUUUCUAGCUGGAGGUUACCAAUGGCAAUAUUGGUUGAAUGUGAAAAAAAGUAUCCAGAAGCUAUUUCGAAAAGACAUUUUGCUCGACAAUUAGCAGAAGCGGCAAAUGAGAUCCAUUUAGAAAAAGACAAGGAGUUGUUAUACAAUGCCGUUAAUUUACUUGAUAAUGAAAUUCUAAAAGAUCUUAAAGUCCUAACUGAGGAUAGAAAGAAAAGCAUUAAUGAAGAAAUAUUUGAUCCUUUUGAAGUUUAACGACAUUGGCAGCUGUGCAUAAGCUUUUGAUGCACAUUAUACAUAAGACACACUUGCUCUUUAUAACAUUCACCCUUGUUUCUUUAAAACUCUUACUUAAU